AGGGCUCGAUCUGAUGACUGGCUGUGGGAUAUUUCGAGGGAAGUGGUGAAGCAGUCGGAAGAGAACCAACCAGCUUAAAAAGGCACCCACUCCAACCCCAACAGUCCUCUUCAUCUCCUCACCAUCUUUUAACGUACCACUAGGCAGCUCUCGUCUUAAAUCUUGUAGAAAGGAAACAUAAAUAGCCAAGUUUCAGAGAUCCCAGAAAACCUAAACUUACUCGAGUAAUCGCUCAUCACAAUGACCAAGACAUCGUUACUGGCCGGUGAAGUCAAAGUACUGAUCAUUGAUAAUUAUGACAGUUUCACCUGGAACCUGUAUCAAUACUUGUGUCUCCUUGGCGCGUCUGUUUCCGUGAUCCGCUCGCAAGCCUGCUCUCUGGAUGAACUCGUAGCCUCCUACCCGAAGCUCACCCAUCUAGUCAUCUCUCCCGGUCCCGGCCAUCCUUCCACCGACUCCGGUAUCUCGAUCCCAGCUAUACAUCAUUAUGCUGGAAAGAUUCCAAUCCUUGGGAUCUGUAUGGGUCUCCAAUGUAUUUACUCAGCCUUCGGAGGUGAAGUCACCAAGGUUGGUGAGAUCGUCCACGGAAAGACUUCGCUCGUCUCUCACGAUGGGAAAGGUCUCUUCAAAGCUCUCCCUGCGCACAUCCAGUGUACCCGAUACCACAGUCUGGCCGGUCGAUUUGGUACCCUGCCCUCCGAGUUAGAAGUGACCUGCUGGACAAACUCAAGUGCCGAGCUUGCCAAUGAUCCCGGUCCCUUCGACGACCAAUCUUCGAUCAUCAUGGGCGUCAGGCAUAAACUGUUGACCAUCGAAUCAGUUCAAUAUCACCCCGAGAGCAUUUUAUCAGAAGAGGGCAAACCGUUCUUAUUAAACUUCCUGAACCUGCGAGGUGGACAUUGGUCCGAAAACCCGGACUUUCAAGUUUCUCCAACUCCCAAGUCCGUCCCCAUUGCCUCGGCCGAAUCAUCAAGCAAGCAAACCAUUUUGGAAACGAUUUGCCUUCAAAGAGCAAAGGACCUCAUUGAGGCCAAGUGCAUCCCUGGUUUAUCCCCUACCGACCUCAAACGCAAGCUUGCCGCCAACGUCCCCCCAGUUCAAAUCGACUUCUAUGAACGCAUCCGUCGACCCACUACCGGCAAAGUAGCUUUGAUGGCCGAGAUCAAACGUGCAUCUCCUUCGAAGGGCUCUUUCAUGACUCCAACCACUCCAAGUUCGCCAGCGAUCGCAGUCUCGUAUGCCGCCGCUGGUGCCUCAGUCAUCUCAGUCUUAACCGAGCCCAAGUGGUUCAAGGGUACCCUGUUGGACAUGCUGGAAGUGAGACUGUCCGUCGAGAACGUACCCAACCGACCAGCGAUCCUUCGCAAAGAUUUCAUCAUCGACCCUUAUCAAAUUGAUGAGGCUAGAUGUUAUGGGGCCGAUACGAUCUUGUUGAUCGUCGCCUGCCUCAGUCUUGAUCAAUUGAGGCUUCUCUACAACCAUGCCAAAUCUCUAGAUAUGGAACCCCUGGUCGAAGUCGCUAAUGCCGCCGAACUUGAAUUGGCCCUGCAGAUCAAGGCUCGAGUGAUCGGUGUCAACAAUCGCAACUUGCACGAUUUCCGGGUUGACAUGAACACCACGUCGAAGAUGUUGGAUGAGUUAAACGCCCGAAGCUCUGCUCAGAACGGGAGCUCCAACGAGAUCAUCAUGUGUGCUCUCAGUGGAAUCUCAAGUCGAUCUGAUGUUGAUAGAUACGCCGCAGAGGGUGUUGGGGCAGUGUUGGUUGGCGAGGCGUUGAUGAAGGCCGAAGAUAAGGUUGCCUUUGUCCACGAGCUGUUAGGCAUCCCACCCACCCCCAAAGUCACCACCCGAAAACCACUCGUCAAGAUCUGUGGGAUCAAGACCGUCGAGGCCGCUGUUCAUGCGACCAACGCCGGGGCCGACCUCCUCGGCCUGAUCUUUGUCCCGAAAAGCAAACGCUGCGUUACCCCACAGCAAGCCGAUGCGAUCAUCAAAGCAGUCCGAAAGUCAAGUGAGAGCUCGCCGAAACCAUCGCUCGAGACAGAAGAGAUCGACCUGGACACAACCGAUUGGUUCAGUUUGCAAUCAUCCCGACUCCUCCAGAAACGCAGGACUCAGGGAAAACCAUUGAUUGUGGGGGUUUUCCAAAACUCGAGCCUGAGUGAGAUCGAGAAGGUUCUCAACCAACUGGGAGAUUCGAUCGACUUGAUCCAAUUGCACGGAUCAGAGGACUUUCGAAUGUCCAAAUUCCUAUCGAAGCCAGUCAUCAAAGCCUUCCACAUCGAGGUCGAACGAGGGACGACUGACGCAGGAGAAGAGGUUUUUCAAGAAGGAUUCCGGAAAACCUUGUCGAUGAUCAACGAGCCCGGCUUCCACUCCUUCUCGAUCUUGGAUAGCUCCAACCUCAGUCAAUGUGGAGGGACCGGCCAAUCCUUCAACUGGAACGCCGUCAAAGCCGUCCUCGCUUCCUCCGCAACCUCCUCCUCCACCACCCAUCGCAACUUGGUCAUCGCCGGCGGAUUGAACGCUCAGAACGUCGCCACUUGCAUCCAGACCUUCAAUCCCUUCAUUCUCGACAUCUGCUCGGGAGUCGAAGUUGAGAAUUGUCAAAAUGGAGUGGUCGAAAACAAAGAUUUUGAUAAGAUCUCUCAGGUCAUCAAACUCAUCAAAUCUGAUUCUUAGUCCAUCUCGUUUCAUUUUUGUUUGUUGCUCUUCUUAUCUGCUUGUAUAUAACUUCUAUUUUUCUUCAUUUUUUAAAAAAGAGCAAAAGCAAGCAAGCAUCAAGACAGCACAUUUACCCUUUCCCACAUUUUUUUGUUUCUUUUCUUUUGUACCAUCAUCAUGAUAUCUUGUCCGACCAACUCUUCUAUCCUGUCUAUUCUUCUUUGAAAGUAUAUCCAUAGAUCUAGCACAGCCUUGAAACCUUACCGAUAUUGUGUAUGAAAUUGAAUGCCCUGCAGUAUUGAAAGAAGAAAAUGCAAAGGUGAUCUCAGGUUGGUGGUUCAACUAGGUUUACCGAUCAGGCUUAAUUUCGUGCCUUUUGUUUGUUUGUGUAUGCGUGAACAGAGUGAACACUGCAAAGGCCAAUCAUCCAUUCCGGGGAAGCAACCCAAUAACCAAUUGAUGAAACAGGAUUAAACUGAUAGAUUGUAAUUUGUAUAUCAGAAUGCUCACUACAUACUUCUAUGUAUUUAUGUUGUAGUGAAUUCUUUUGAUGACCGUGAAAUCGCAUUCGAGAUAAGAUGUGGUGAAUGACUUGAAACGGUUCUGGACGCAGUCAACAGAUGACCCAGUACAAUGAUCAAUCUCUUCAUAGACAAGGAAUCCAGCAGGAAUGUAAUUUUUAACCCUUUAUGAUUAAUGAGCCAAG